CUUUGUCGUCCAAGGUUACCAGUCACUCGAAACAACCAUUUCUGACACUGACUGUCUCUCGGGAUGGGUCUGAGGCAAUGAUUGAAGCUAUUUACGUACACGCCGGCAGGUCCGUCCUGUGGUUCUCUGCGACGAACCAAUGCACUGUGGCCUCCCUGUCCCGGGCCGGCGUUGAUGCGACUGUUCCGGAAAGCAACCGUGUCUUGCGUGAUCGUAUCGAAGCGAUCAUUGAUUUAACGAAGGACUUCGGUGCAGACCUUCCGCCUAUGCGAAUUCAAUCGUCUCCGCGUGAUGACCCACGCAUGCAUACAGAUUGGAGAAUUAGAGAUAUGGCUCUGAGUGCUGCUAGACAAGGGACCACCAUCCGACAAAGUCGCUUGCCGCCUAUCACCGAGGGCGGUUGGAUACAGGCAUGUCCUCCGAAUUCUCUAGCGCGGCUCAAUCCUCCGGUGCUUCCCUCCCUCGAUGGUUCCAACCCUAUGCUAUCUAGCAUGACACUACUCAAGUCAUUUAUUGUGUCGCAUCGUACUGCCAUGGAUCCUUGUUAUCAUCCCGAGAUCCUGAUCUCUCAUGGACAGUUCCUUUCGCAUCGCCAAGGGCCGCUGCCACUACCAUACACUCGUCCCUCUAUUCUCGCACUGGGGUGCACUCCUUCAUCAUGACAAUCGUCCUCCAAUUCCCUGUGGAUGGACUUCCGGUAACGACUCCGAAGCUCUCGGUGACGUGGCAUGGUCUGAAAAAGUUGAUGAGCGACUUGAUUGGAGGGGAAGUCCGACGGGUAUGUAUGCUUCGCCCUGAAACACUUUGGAUGCAC